ACAAGUUUCUGUCUGUUUCUGACAUCAACAAAGUAAGUUUGUAAAAUGGCCUUCACGCAAAAUAGUUGUAAAUGUGAAUUGAUUUUUGGAAUGUUUUUCGUUUUGAUUUUGUUUUAAAAGACUGUAUUUGAUAUCCGUUAAAACCUUAUUUAUGAAAGGCAAUAAAUAUUUUGGCAACAGCAAAACUGCAAAAAGUAACGAUGUCAACCCGAUCCCAACUAACUAAAGAUUUAAACGAAAGCGUAAGGGCUCUCCUAGGACGACACACAAAAAUACUGGUCAAGUAUAUGGUAAAAUUGGAAACGAAAAGUGACAAAACUGAGAACAGAGUUUUGGUUUUUACUCCAGUUCGCGUUUAUUUACUAACGGCAAAAGUACCUACGCGGAUUGAUGGAAAUUUUCAUUACCUCGAUAUACAGUCAAUCGAUAGUAAGAAGCCAACUCAUUUUACAAUAACAACUAACGACAAAAGCUACUCUUUUUCUACAAUUGGAGAUGCUGGAAAUUUCAGUUCUAACGCGGAUGUUAUCCUCACUGAUUUAUCUUCAGCUAUCAAACAAAUUUUUCCCACAGUGCCAUUGAAAUACAUUAUACGAAAGAUCGAAAUUAAUCCCAUCGAACGUGCGACAAUAUUCUCUGAUGAGCUACAUCCGUCUGAUCCCAAAAAUGUUGGGCCCUGUGGUGGUUUUAGUAUGCAAUAUGCAUGUAUGUGCGAUUUUCAUGCAGUGCAAUAUAGAGAAGAGGUUGCUUGGGAUAUCGAUACUAUCUAUUUGUCUCACGACAACCGCGUACUUAACCUGCGAGAUUUUGAUCACCUUGAACAGAAAGAUUUGAUGGCUAUUAUUUCGGCAUUAGAAUACAAUACAUUUUUUCGUGGACUCAAAAUCAAUAAUACACGUUUAUCGACUGAAACAUUGGAACGGAUUCUGCAUGUGUUGAAACGGUCUAUGUGGUUAGAAGAGCUACAUCUUGAAGGACUCGGAUUAAGAUCCGAUUUUGUCCACAAACUUGCUGUCGCUGUGAUAUCCAAUUCAAAUCCGGCGCUUCGAUCAAUUGAUCUUAGUCAUAAUUUAAUAGAGGACAAGGGUAAGUAUCUAGCAAAUUUGUUUAAAGAAUUUAUAGCGUGUUCCAAUUACGAAGCUUUACACAUUUGUGUGAUAAAUUUUUAAGCUUUUGUGUAAUAG